AUGGUAAAGAUACGUGUCGGCAGUUUUAUUUACCUUUGCAUUCUGGUAAUAUUUUCUCCUGUGAAUAUGAACAACAACAAUCAAGCUACCGAUAAGGACAUCCUGUGCAGUUCUUGUACUUGGAGACAGAACAGCAAAUCUUCAAGAUUAGAAGCCAUAAAGAUCCAGAUACUUAGCAAACUUCGACUGGAGCAGGCACCUAACAUCAGCAAGGAUGCUAUAAAACAUCUUUUACCCAAAGCUCCUCCGUUAGAAGAGCUGAUUGACCAGUAUGAUGUUCAGGGUGAUGACAGCAGUGAGGGAUCCAUGGAAGAAGAUGAUUAUCAUGCCACCACUGAAACUAUUAUCACCAUGUCCACAGAGCAUGACCUUUCAACUACAGAGAAACAAAAAUGUUGUUACUUCAAAUUCAGCUCUAUAAUGCAGUACAAUAAAAUAGCAAAAGCUCAGCUUUGGAUUUAUUUGAAGCCAGUCCAAAGACAUACCACAGUUUUUGUGCAGACAUUCAGACUUUCAAGAUCAUCAAACGAUGGCACAAGAGCUACUGGAAUCCGGGCACUGAAGCUUGAGAUGGCCCCUGGACCUGGUGUCUGGAAAAGCUUUGAUGUGAAAGCUGCACUGCAAAACUGGCUUAAACAAUCUGAAUCCAGUAUUGGUAUAGAAAUAAAAGCUUCUGAUGAAAAUGGUAGAGAUAUCCCAUUAGGCCAUCGUGGUUCAAAUGAAGAUGGGCUGAAUCCCUUCAUAGAAGUUAAGGUGAUGGAUACUCCAAAAAGAUCCCGCAGAGAUUUUGGUCUAGACUGUGAUGAACAUUCAACAGAAUCUCGAUGUUGUCGAUAUCCACUGACAGUUGAUUUUGAAGCUUUUGGAUGGGACUGGAUUAUUGCACCAAAAAGAUACAAAGCUAACUACUGCUCUGGAGAAUGUGGAAUUGUAUUCUUGCAGAAAUACCCUCAUACUCAUCUUGUUCAGCAAGCAAACCCCAGAGGUUCUGCAGGCCCUUGUUGCACCCCAACUAAAAUGUCUCCAAUCAAUAUGUUAUAUUUCAAUGAAAAUGAAGAAAUCAUUUAUGGAAAAAUCCCAGCAAUGGUGGUAGAUCGCUGUGGUUGUUCAUGA